GUGUAUCUUUUCUUAUCUCUUAAAGUAAAUAUUUGUGAAUCCUGACAGCAGCUUUCCUCUCUCGUCCCAGCAGACAUUGACACCCAACAGAAACCCUACUUCCUGGUCCCUGAUCCAAACGUCAUGACAUACCAGCCCUGCAGAGCCAGCUCGUCCUGUUUCACCUCGCCACCAAAACAUCAGAUAGUAAUCGAAAGCUGUUCCUCUCAGAGUCUUCAGUCUGAUCUGUCUUCAACGAGGCGUUCAGGGACACGUCCAGCUGUAAUGGCAGCGCCCCCUACAGACCGCCCAGUGACAAUAACUCUGGCUGCCGUGUGGAGGCUCCAGGUGAGACCAACACCACCCAGACCACCCAGACUGUCAGCUGCAGUGACGGUGGGGCAGGCUGUCAUGGCUGUGGCUCGAGUCUUCUUCGGUGUUGUGUAUUUCAAUGAGUGCCCUCAGCAGCCCAACAUUCCCAGCUACCUGCUGGGGCUGGCUCUGGGAGCGCUGCUCAUGGUCCCGUUUGUUACCUUCCCCUGUGAGAGAGAGGCGGCCUGGCCUCAGCAGCAGCAGCCAGGAGGCCUCAGAGCCUGCCUGCUCUGUUUACUGAGCCUGUUCCUCUACUGCUGGAUCCUGGCAGGUGACGUGUGGGUCUUCUCCGUCUACCAGCCGAGCUACGACCGAUCAGCUGCUGACGGAGUUUUCUGCGAUAAAACUUUGUACACGUUUGCUUUGUGGAACGCCGUGUGGGAGACGGCGGUGGUCCUGGUGCUGCUGGCCGGACUCUGUAGAGGACUGGUGUGUUGUGUGCUGAUGAGUCCUGCACACACACACACUAACACCUAUGGGCAUGUAUGAGGCGCGGACUGAUGGAUCAUGUGAUUAUCUUAUUAUGUCUGUAAAUACACCAAAUAUAUGUCAAAGUGCUCUGAAUGGGACUUUAUAAUGGUAUUAUCAUAAAUUAUGCCCUGGGUAAUAGUUAUUUUAUGCUUAAACACUGAUUUUCACAUUAUUAUAAUAAAUAAUAAUAAAUUAAAUUAGCUACUAGUUAUUAUUUUAUCAGUCAGGUAAUUAAUGUAUUAAUCAACUGUAAUAACUUUGUUAUUGUUAUGUUUUUCGUCAUAUGCAUU